UAGAAACGCAAGACGCGUUUUGUCUUUUGUAGGAAAUCUUCAAAUCCUGCCCUGGAAUUUGCCUGAAAGAUUUGCAAAGAUAUCAAUAAUAUUAGAUCCUCAGAAUCUCGACUUUAUCCUCCCCUUAUUUAAUAACGAAUACCAAAUCUUUCGCUUUCUCAUUUCUAUCCUUUGCUUGUAUUUAAGCCACAUUUCCCCGUUUCUGCUCGGAUCCAUCAAAGUUUGUAUCUCUUCCUCUCUGCUGAUACCGCCCGCGAAGCAAGAAAAAUUACUCUGUUCUCCGGUUUCAUGGCGACUGCCGGUGAGGUUUUGAGGCGGAGUUUGCCGGAGGAGGUUGGAGUUUCUAAUGGGUCAUCUUCGGUUUCUGAUGAACUUCAUGUUCUUGCUGUGGAUGAUAGCCAUGUCGAUCGGAAGGUUAUUGAGCGGUUGCUUAAAAUUUCAUCCUGUAAAGUUACGACUGUUGAUAGUGGGACUAGAGCCCUGCAGUAUCUUGGAUUGGAUGGAGAGAAGAAAUCUGUUGGGUUCAAUGACUUGAAAGUGAAUCUUAUAAUGACGGAUUACUCCAUGCCGGGAAUGACAGGAUAUGAACUGCUCAAAAAGAUCAAGGAAUCAUCAGCUUUCAGAGAGAUCCCUGUAGUGAUCAUGUCAUCUGAGAACAUUUUAGCUCGAAUUGACCGGUGUUUGGAAGAAGGAGCAGAGGAAUUCAUAGUAAAACCAGUAAAACUAUCAGAUGUGAAACGGCUGAAAGAUUUCAUAAUGAGAGGAGAGGGAGAGGAAAAGGGAAAGACAAAGAUUCAGAAGAGAAAGAUGGAAGACGAUGAUAUCUUCUCAUUUUCUUCUCAGUUGCCUUCUUCCGAUUCAGAAGUGUCAUCGGAACAACAGUCAUCGACACAAACAUCCACCUUGUACAUGUCUAAAAGACUUAAAUUUCUGAAGACAGACUAAUUUGUCGUCAUUCCUUGACAAUUUUUGUUCAUUUUUUUGUGAAUACCAAUGGAUGGAGAAACAAUUUUUGCCAUUA